AUGUCUAACUUUUCGUCCGAUGGCUUUGAUCUCGAUGCUAUCUCAACACAAGAUAACAGCGACGUAAUCUAUGAAGUUGGAGGCGGUGCUACAGUGAUCCAAAACGAAGAGCCAGCCAUGAAAGAGGUUGAGCCAUCAUUCAACACUUCGGAACACGAUCAAUGCGAGGAGUUCAAGAAGCAAGGAAAUGAACAGUUCAAAAUCGGAAACUAUUUGGAAGCCUUUGAUUUAUAUACAGAGGCUAUAGAAGCUUGUCCUAGCAAAUUUACUGGGGAAGAGAUUCUCAGAUUGAAGGAUGAGUUUGACGAGAAACAACGUUCGGAAGCAUUGCAACGAAGUCGACUUUCCGAAGAGCGCCGACGGAAAAAGGAAGACGAAAAGAAGAACGGCGUUUCUUCAUCCCAACCACCCGAAUCUAGCAAACCACAGCCUUUCAAGACCUUUGAAUUGUCGCAAGAAGACAAAAACGACAAAUUGGCAGUCUACUAUUGCAACCGAGCGGCAACCUUGCAGCACAUGGAAAAGUACAAUGAUGCGCUCAAGGACUGUGAUGUGUCGGCCUUGUUGAACCCAAAAUAUACAAAAGCAUUUGUUCGGCGGUCGGCAGCCCACGAAAGGUUAGAAGACACUGAAGCGGCACUGAAAGAUGCCAAAGCCGCCUUGGAACUCGACCCGAGAAAUGCCACCAUUCGAAAAACGGUUGCUCGGUUGGAAAAGAUUGAAGCGGAACGAUUAGAAAAGCUGAAGGAAGAAACCAUGGGAAAACUCAAGGACCUAGGGAACAGCCUAUUAGGCAACUUUGGUUUGAGCCUAGACAAUUUCCAGGCUGUGCAAGAUCCAAAGACUGGGUCUUACAACAUUGCAUUCAACCAAAACAAAUAA